GAUCAUGUCUAUUUGUUUACUGAUCAGCAAAAAUGGAAGGCAUAAACCGAUUCAUCUACCUCACCUACAGACAGUUGUCUUGGGUCGGGGUCCAGAAACAACGAUAAAAGACAAAAAAUGUUCCAGGGAGCAGGUUGAACUCAAGGCAGACUGCAACAAAGGGUAUAUCAGUGUAAAACAACUGGGUUUCAACCCCACUAGUGUGAACUCUGAGGUGGUGGGUAAAGGCAACCAAGUGGAGAUGAGAUCUGGCCAGCAGCUGCACAUGGUCAAUGAGCUGUACCCGUAUACUGUGUGCUUCAAAGAGGAUCCAGCCAACUCUCAGUCCAGUGUGGGCACCAAGAGGCCCUGUGGGCCUGCCUCAGAGGAGCGGGAGCUUCACAGAGAGCCCCCUGGGCAUAAAGUACCAAGGAAAACAGAGGACUCCACUCAGUGCAAGCAUGGAGGGUCCACCUCCACUAACACACGGCCUGAACCUCAAACAGAGAAAACUGAAACUUUAGGAUAUUGGAGCCAAGGAUUGAAAGCCUCAAUGCAAGACCCCAAAAUGCAGGUCUACAAGGAUGACAGAGUAGUUGUUAUCAUGGACAAGUACCCCAAGGCUCACUACCACUGGCUGGUCCUGCCCUGGGAGUCCAUCCCCAGUCUGAAGACACUGCGCAGGGAGCACUGUGAUCUGUUGAGGCACAUGAACCAGGUAGCAGACAGGAUUGUACAACAGCAGUGCCCCGAUACUGGCCUGCUACACUUCCGCCAGGGCUACCACGCCAUCCCCAGUAUGAGCCAUGUCCAUCUACACGUGAUCAGCCAGGACUUUGACUCCCCUUGUUUAAAGAACAAGAAACACUGGAAUUCAUUCACAACCGACUAUUUCAUAGAAUCUCAAGAAGUCAUUCAGAUGCUGGAAAAGGAUGGGAAGGUCACCGUAAAAGAAGGGACAAAUGAGUUGUUGAAACUACCUCUCUGCUGUCACGUGUGUGGCAUGGCGCUGUCCACCAUACCACAACUUAAGGAGCACCUGAAAUCUCACCCAUAUGGUAGAUUGUGAAACGUAUACAGAAGAAAAAUGCUAAAAAAAUAAGUUGGGGGUUAUGCUGCUCGUGAGGCAAUUGUAGAAAAAAAAACAUGUCUAUGGAACCACAUUGUCCAUUUUAUUGCUGCAGAUGCUCAUAAUAUACAUAAGUCUGUUCACAACCAAUUGUCAUUUACUUCAUUUAAUACAUCUCAAAAACCUGUUUAAAUAGUGUGCAGCAAGUAUGUUUUUUGUACAAAUAAGUCUCGGGUGCAUGUCUGAAUAUAAAGCUUGGGGAACAUUUGUUUAUAGUUUUGUUAUAGUUACAAAAAUAAAAUAUAACUUGGCCUCAAAGUGGCACAGAAAAUGGAAAA